AAUGGCAAAGAGCACACAGAGCAUCUCCUGCGCAACGUGAUGUUUCAGAACACACCGUCAUCCGCCCAAACAACUAGCCUAGUUUUUGAAAAGAGUCCAUUUUAGACUAUUAUUUCCGACCAAAAGCACGUGAAUACAAGCGGGGGAAGCUUGUACGAGCGGCUCUUGAAGGCAGCAUCUCUUGUACCGGCAGGCAGAAGGGAGAGACGCACCGACCGCUUCAACGGGAGGAAGAAGAGACCCGAGUAUUCCGUGCAGAAGAAGAGGAGACGAUGCACGUCUCCCCUGGCUUCUGAUUAAAAGAAAAAAGAAAAGGAUUUUCACAUUCUCUUUAAACCUCACUGCACUUCUAAGGACUGAAAGGACUGUCCGAACAGAGCGAGCCAGGUGUGGUUUUGGCUGGUUUGGAUGAGAGGGGUAAAGAUGCGAAAUUUACCUCGCAGUUGAAGAAGGAAGGUUUUGACAGACGCGCAGUGAAGAGACAGAAGGAUUACCCGGACAGAAAAACCCAUAACAGCAUGCGGCCCGGUGAGAGCUUAGAGGGCUCGCGCUCGGCUCGCGGAAGAUGCGCUAAUCAGAAAAUCGCUAAUAGUCGCGGCACGGAACGCUGUCUCGCGCACCUCUCGUCGGCAACGAGGAGGAGGAGGAUGAUGAUGAAGAGGGCGACGGCGACGACGAAGAAUGAGGAGAGGGGGACGACGAGGGGGAGGAUGACGGACGGAGGGGUGACGGUGAUGCGCUGUUUUCUGUGGAGUCUCAUCCUGGGCUCGCUCUCCACACACGCGCAAGGUUUCAUCUACACUUGUGGGGGUACACUAAAAGGCCGAAAUGGCAGUAUAGAAUCGCCAGGCUUUCCGUACGGCUACCCCAACGGGGCGAACUGCACCUGGGUCAUUGUUGGAGAGGAAGGAAGUAGAAUCCAGCUCAUCUUCUUGUCAUUCGCCAUAGAAGAAGAAUAUGACUUCCUGUCUUUGUACGACGGGCAUCCACACCCUGCUAACUUCAGGACCAGGUUAACAGGCUUCCAGGUUCCCACCCCGGUCACCAGUAUGGGACAUGUCUUCUCUUUGAGGCUGACCAGUGACUUUGCCGUCUCUGCACAUGGCUUCAAACUCAACUAUGAAGAGCUCCACAGUACAUCCUGUGGAAACCCUGGAGUCCCACCCAAAGCAGUGCUCAGUGGUGGCGGGCGGUUUGCUGUCGGUGACCGUGUGCGGUACAGCUGUGUCCCUGGUUACGUCUUAGAUGGCCAUGCCACACUCACCUGCAUCACCAAUGCUGGAAACACGGCCGUCUGGGACUUUCCUGCUCCCAUUUGUCGAGCUGAGGACACAUGUGGGGGCACUGUGAGGGGCGGCAGUGGGGUGGUGACCAGUCCCGGUUACCCCGGCAACUAUGGUAACCAAGCCGACUGUACUUGGAUCCUUUUGGCCGAACCUGGAGACACCAUCUCUGUCAUCUUUACAGACUUCCAGACAGAGGAAAAGUAUGAUUACCUGGAAGUGGAGGGCUCUGAACCACCAACCAUUUGGUUGUCAGGCAGUAAUGUCCCCUCCCCUAUCGUCAGCAACAAGAACUGGCUCCGGCUGCAUUUUGUGACCGAUGGCAACCACCGUUACCGAGGCUUCAGCGCACAUUAUCAAGUGAAGCGAUCAGUAGAUUUUAAAUCGCGGGGCGUUAAAUUAUUCCCUGGCAAAGACUCCAACAACAAGUUUUCAAUAUUAAAUGAAGGUGGUGUGAGACAGGCGUCUAACUCCUGCCCUGAUCCCGGCGAGCCAGAGAAUGGAAAACGCCACGGCAAUGACUUCAGCAUUGGCAGUGUGGUGCAGUUCAGCUGUGGAGAAGAUUAUGUGCUGCAGGGCAGUAAAACCAUCAGCUGCCAGAGAGUGGCAGAAGUUUUUGCUGCCUGGAGUGACCACAGACCAGUCUGCAAAGUGAAGACUUGCGGCAGUAAUCUUCAGGGGCCAUCAGGAACUUUUACGUCUCCUAACUUUCCAAUUCAAUAUGAGAGCAACGCACAGUGUGUGUGGAUAAUUACUGCGUCAAAUCCCAAUAAGGUGAUCCAGAUCAACUUUGAAGAGUUUGACCUGGAGAUAGCCUAUGAUACUCUCACUAUAGGAGAUGGAGGGGAGGUGGGAGAUCCUACAACUAUACUACAGGUCCUAUCAGGUAGCUUUGUUCCUGACCUGAUAGUCAGCAUGACUCACCAGAUGUGGCUUCACCUGCAGUCAGAUGAGAGCGUUGGAUCAAUAGGAUUUAAGAUCAACUAUAAAGAAAUAGAUAAAGAGAGCUGUGGCGACCCUGGAACUCCCCUCUAUGGAAUAAGAGAAGGUGACAGCUUUUCAAAUGGAGGAAUCCUGAGGUUUGAAUGCCAGUUUGGCUUUGAGCUGAUUGGAGAAAAGACAAUCUCCUGCCAAGACAACAAUCAGUGGUCGGCCAACAUCCCUAUAUGCAUAUUCCCUUGUAUGUCCAACUUCACAGCUCCUUCAGGAACAGUCCUCUCCCCAGACUACCCAGAAGGCUAUGGGAACAACAUGAACUGUGUCUGGCUCAUCCAAUCAGAUCCAGGCUCCAGAAUACACUUGGCAUUUAAUGACUUUGACCUCGAGGCACCUUACGAUUCCCUGACGGUGAAAGACGGCGAAACAAAUGAUGCCAACGUUAUUGGAAGGUUCUCCGGAGCUGAGAGUCCUUCCCAUCUGACAUCUAAUACCAACACACUGAGGUUGGAGUUCCAGGCUGAUCACUCCAUGUCGGGACGAGGAUUUAAUAUCACUUAUAGUACGUUUGGCCAUAAUGAGUGCCCAGACCCUGGUAUUCCCAUCAACGCUCGCCGCUUUGGAGACAGCUUCCAGCUCGGCAGCUCCAUCUCUGUGGUUUGUGAGGACGGUUUCAUCAAAACCCAAGGAACUGAAACCAUCUCCUGUCAGUUAGAGAGAGGAAAAGUCAUGUGGAGUGGGCCUAUCCCUAAAUGCGAAGCCCCAUGUGGAGGCCAUUAUUCGGCUCCAAGUGGAGUGAUUUUGUCUCCUGGGUGGCCUGGUUACUACAAAGAUUCCCUCAGCUGCGAGUGGGUGAUUGAAUCAGAACCUGGACGUUCCAUCAAAAUCACAUUUGACAGGUUCCAGACAGAGUUGGGUUAUGACUUCCUGGAGAUUCAUGAUGGACCAAACCUCCUGUCUCCUCUGGUUGGCUCCUUUAAUGGUACCCAGGUGCCCCAGUUCCUGUUCAGCAGCAGCAACUUUCUAUAUCUGCUGUUUACCACCGAUAACAGCCGGUCGAAUGCUGGUUUCAAAAUACUAUAUGAAAGUGUUACGGUGGACAGCUACUCCUGUCUGGACCCUGGCAUCCCUGUCAAUGGCAUCCGAUAUGGGCAGGAUUUUUCCAUCGGGUCCACAGUGUCGUUUGGUUGUGAUUCUGGCUACAGACUGAGCCAUGAGGAGCCACUUGUAUGUGAAAAGAACCACUGGUGGAGCCACCCCUUACCGACAUGUGAUGCCCUGUGUGGCGGCGAUGUUAGAGGCCCCUGGGGAACCAUCCUGAGUCCAGGCUAUCCAGACAGCUACCCUUCAUCUCUCAACUGUACCUGGACUGUUGAAGUCAGCCACGGGAAAGGAGUCCAGUUUCAGUUCAAUUCUUUUCAUCUGGAGGAUCAACACGACUACCUCUUGGUUACUGAGAACGGGAGUUUCCUGCAACCACUGGCUCGCCUGACUGGCAACGAGUUGCCUAGCAACAUCAAUGCCGGUCUCUAUGGCAACUUCAAAGCCCAGCUACGAUUCAUCUCUGACUUUUCCAUUUCAUAUGAAGGCUUCAACAUAACUUUCUCAGAGUACACACUGGAGCCAUGCGAGGACCCUGGAAUGCCUCGGUUCGGCAGGAGAAACGGCUACAGUUUCGGUGUUGGAGACACUUUGUCUUUUUCCUGCAAUAUGGGAUACAGACUAGAGGGGGCGCCAGAGCUGAUCUGUCUGGGAGGCGGACGGAGAAUGUGGAGCGCUCCUUUACCUAGAUGUGUCGCGGAGUGUGGUUCUUCAGUUAUAAAUAAUGAAGGGAUUCUGCUCUCUCCAAACUACCCAAUGAACUACGAUAACAACCACGAGUGCAUCUACAGCAUCCAGGUGCAAGCUGGGAAAGGCAUCAACAUCUCUGCUAGAACCUUUCAUCUUGCCCAAGGCGAUAUACUCAAGAUUUAUGAUGGUAAAGACAACACGGCCCAUGUUCUUGGAGCAUUCACUGGAUCAUCCAUGUUGGGCCUGACACUGAUUUCCACUUCAAACCAUCUCUGGCUGGAAUUUUACAGUGAUUCGGAAAGCACAGGAGAAGGAUUCAAACUAGUCUACUCAAGUUUUGAGUUGUCUCACUGCGAGGACCCAGGCGUGCCUCAGUUUGGCUUCAAGGUCAAUGACCAAGGUCAUUUCUCCGGGAGCAGCAUCACAUACAGAUGUGAGCCCGGAUACACUCUGCACGGGGCCUCCACCCUGAAGUGUAUGACCGGUGAAAGGAGAGCCUGGGACAACCCUCUGCCUUCCUGCAUAGCGGAGUGUGGUGGUCGGUUUAAGGGCGAGUCUUCAGGCCGGAUUCUCUCUCCUGGAUACCCUUUUCCUUACGACAAUAACCUUCGCUGCACCUGGACAAUCGAGGUGGACUCAGGAAAUAUUGUGAGUCUCCAGUUCUUGGCCUUCGACACAGAAGCCAGCCAUGACAUGCUGAAAGUUUGGGAUGGACCACCUGAGAAUGAAAUGUCAUUGGCAGAGCUCAGUGGGUCUCUGCUGCCUGAGGGAAUCCACUCUACUCUGAAUACAGUCACUGUUCAGUUUGAGACGGACUUCUACAUCAGCAAGUCAGGAUUUGCUAUUCAGUUCUCCAGCUCGGUAGCUACAGCCUGCAGGGACCCAGGUGUUCCAAUGAAUGGCAGUCGUAGUGGAGAUGGCCGUGAGCCGGGGGAUUCAGUGUCCUUUCAGUGUGACCCGGGAUACGAGCUCCAGGGGGAUGACAAAAUAACCUGUAUACAAGUGGAUAAUAGAUACUACUGGCAGCCGAGCCCGCCUGUCUGCAUAGCUCCAUGUGGAGGAAACCUAACCGGCUCCAGUGGCUUUAUACUCUCCCCCAACUACCCACAUCCCUACCCUCAUUCAAAGGACUGUGAUUGGCUCAUUGCUGUCAACUCUGACUACGUUCUGUCGCUGGCCUUCAUCAGUUUCAACAUUGAGCCAAACUAUGACUUCCUGUACAUCUACGAUGGUCCAGAUAGCAACAGUCCUCUCAUCGGAAGCUUCCAGGACAGCAAACUCCCAGAGCGGAUAGAGAGCAGUUCAAAUACCAUGCAUUUAGCAUUCCGCAGUGAUGGGUCUGUUUCUUACACUGGCUUUCACUUGGAAUACAAAGCCAAGUUGAGGGAAUCUUGCUUCGACCCAGGAGUGGUUCUGAAUGGGACCAGGCUGGGAUCCGAUUAUAAGUUGGGCUCUACUGUCACCUUCUACUGUGAAGCAGGAUACGUUUUGCAGGGCUAUUCCACACUAACCUGCAGUAUGGGAGAUGAUGGCAGACCUGGAUGGAACAGGGCAUUGCCAAGUUGUCAAGCUCCCUGUGGAAGUCGUUCUACAGGAUCAGACGGGACUGUUUUGUCUCCAAACUUCCCCAGAAACUAUACUUCUGGACAGACCUGUGUCUACUCCAUAGCUGUACCUAGAGAGUUUGUUCUCUUCGGUCAGUUUGUGUUGUUCCAGACGUCUCUGAAUGAUGUGGUAGAGAUCUACGAUGGACCCACUCAGCAAAACACACUGCUGUCAUCUCUCUCUGGGUCCCACUCUGGUGAAUCUCUCCCUCUGAGUUCAGGAAACCAGAUUACCAUAAAAUUUACCACAGUUGGCCCAGACACCGCUAAGGGAUUUCAUUUCGUCUACCAAGCUGUACCUCGGACCAGCUCCACCCAGUGCAGCUCGGUCCCUGAGCCUCGCUUUGGGAAACGUCUCGGUAAUGACUUUGCAGUCGGCUCCUUGGUGCAGUUCGAGUGCAACCCUGGCUACAUCCUACAUGGCUCCACUGCCAUUCGUUGCGAGAGUGUACCGGACAACCUGGCACAGUGGAACGACACGCUGCCGACAUGUGUCGUUCCCUGCGGAGGUGUAAUGACCUCUCGCCGUGGGACCAUCCUGUCGCCCGGCUACCCAGAACCAUAUGACAACAACCAGAACUGCGUGUGGAAGGUCUCCGUUCCAGAAGGGGCUGGAAUACAGAUACAAGUGGUGAGCUUUGCCACCGAACAUAACUGGGACUCUCUGGAUUUUUACGAUGGUGCUGACAACCACGCACCAAGACUGGGCAGCUACUCUGGCACCACUAUUCCCCCUCUCCUGAAUAGUACAUCUAACAACCUCUAUCUCAGCUUCAGCUCAGAUAUUAGUGUCUCAGCUGCUGGAUUUCACCUGGAAUAUACAGCCAUCGGUCUGGAAUCAUGUCCAGAACCUCAGACUCCAAACUAUGGAAUUAGACAAGGAGACAGAUUCAUGGUGGGGGAUGUUGUACAGUUUUCAUGUGAACAAGGAUACUCUCUUCAGGGCAAUGCUCAUAUCACCUGUAUGCCUGGACCUGUUAGAAGGUGGAACUACCCGGUGCCGCUGUGUCUUGCCCAGUGUGGUGGGUCUAUGACAGAUGUAAGCGGAGUGAUUCUAAGUCCAGGUUUCCCCGGCAACUACCCCAGUGGAUUAGACUGCACAUGGACAGUCAACUUACCUGUCGGCUUCGGUAUCCAUCUCCAGUUUUUGAACUUCUCCACCGAAGCGAUCCACGAUUACUUAGAAAUCCGUAGUGGAACGCUGGAGACGGGCUCCGUCAUUGACCGAUUCAGUGGUCCAGUCGUUCCCAAACCUCUGUUCAGCACCACCCACCAAACCAGCUUCUUUUUCCACAGUGACUAUUCGCAAAACAAACCGGGGUUCCACAUCACUUAUCAAGCCUACCAACUCCAGAGUUGCCCGGACCCUCGGCCAUUUCGAAAUGGCAUCGUAAUUGGCACCGACUUCAGCGUGGGGAUGACGGUGUCGUUUGAAUGUCUGCCUGGAUAUUCUCUGAUUGGAGAAGCUUCGCUCACGUGUUUACAUGGAAUCAGCAGGAACUGGAACCACCCACUACCACGAUGUGAAGCUCUCUGUGGUGGUAACAUCACAUCAUUAAAUGGAACCAUUUACUCUCCUGGUCACCCUGAAGAAUACCCAAACUUCCAGGACUGUGUGUGGAGUGUCAGAGUUCCUCCUGGACACGGGAUUUAUAUCAACUUUACUGUACUGAGCACUGAGCCCAUAUAUGACUACAUUACUGUCUGGGAUGGUCCAGAUCAGUCAUCGCCUCAGAUCGGGCAGUUUAGUGGGAACACGGCUUUGGAGUCAGUCUACUCAACCUCCAACAUCAUCCUCAUCAAAUUCCACUCGGACUUCUCUGGUGCCGGUUUCUUCGUCUUGAGUUAUCACGCCUACCAAUUAAGGGUUUGCCAGCCUCCUUCAGAGGUGCCCAAUGCUGACAUCCUGAUGGAGGACGGUGAGCUGGAAAUCGGUGACAUCAUCAGGUACAGAUGUCAUCCUGGGUUUUCAUUGGUUGGCAGUGAGAUUCUCACCUGUCGCUUAGGAGAAAGACUACAGAUGGAUGCACCGCCUCCAACAUGCCAAGUUCAAUGCCCUGCACAUGAUGUGCGAUAUGACUCAUCAGGCGUCAUCCUGAGCCCCGGGUGGCCAGAAAGCUACCCAAACCUCCAAAUGUGUUCGUGGAGCAUUACAGUAGAGAAAGGAUAUAAUGUCACCAUAACCUUUGAAAGCUUCCACACUGAGAGAGAGUUUGACGUGUUGGAGAUUUUUGAUGGUCCGACAGCCAACAGUCCCACUCUGGCAACACUGAGCGGUGACCUGCCAACACCCUUCAACAUCACAACCUCCGGUCACCAGUUCCUCGUCCGCUGGUCUUCAGAUCACGGCACGAACAAGAAAGGCUUCAAAAUUCGCUAUGUUGGUGAGUACCAAACGCUGUACUGCUCGACACCAGACUCUCCCCUCCACGGCUCCAUCUCCUCUCAGAGCGGCGGUCAUGUCAACAGCGUGGUGCGGUGGGCUUGCGACCGUGGUUACCGUCUCAUAGGCAACGCCACAGCAACCUGCCGCCGCACAUCUCUCGGCUACCACACCUGGGACUCUCCAGUGCCUGCAUGCCAAGCUGUCUCAUGCGGGGCACCCAAGGCUCCUAUAAAUGGCGGCGUUUUAACAGCUGACUACUCCGUGGGAACAAGAGUUUCCUAUUUUUGUAACGAUGGAUACAGACUUUCCAGUAAAGAACUGACGUCAGCCAUCUGUCAGCCCGAUGGGACAUGGAGCAACCACAAUAAGAUACCCCGAUGUUCAGUGGUGGUGUGUCCCAGCAUCGGAUCAUUUUCUCUGGAGCACGGUAGAUGGAGGAUUGUCAACGGCUCACACUAUGAAUACAGAACUCGUAUCGUGUUCACCUGUGAUCCGGGAUACUACAGAUUAGGACCGGCCCAUAUCCAGUGCUUACCCAAUGGGGUGUGGAGCUGGAGGAAUGAGAGACCGCACUGCCAGGUUAUCUCCUGCGGUGAGCUGCCAUCUCCACCUAGUGGGAAGAAGAUUGGUACUCAGACAACAUUCGGUGCUACAGCCAUCUUUACCUGCGAUGCCGGCUUCAUGUUGGUGGGGUCAGCUGUCAGAGAGUGCCUGUCAUCUGGGCUUUGGAGUGGAACCGAAACACGAUGUUUAGCUGGUCACUGUGGAAUCCCAGAGGGCAUUGUGAACGGCCAGGUGAUCGGGGAGAACUUCGGUUACCGUGAUACGGUCGUGUAUCAGUGUCUGCCCGGCUUCCGACUAAUAGGCUCAUCAGUUCGAAUUUGUCUCCAAGACAACCAGUGGUCUGGACAGCUGCCCAUCUGUAUACCGAUCAGCUGCGGCCACCCAGGAAGUCCCAUAUAUGGUCGCACGGUGGGGAACGGCUUCAACCUCAACGACGUGGUCAGCUUUGUUUGUAACCGGGGUUAUGAGAUGGAGGGGCCCGCACGUGCUCAGUGCCAGGCCAACCGCCAGUGGAGCCACCCGCCCCCAACGUGUAAAGUGGUCAAUUGCUCUGAUCCAGGCAUUCCAGCCAACUCUAUCCGGCAGAGUAAAAUAGAGCACGGCAACUUUACCUUUGGCACGGUGGUGUUUUACGACUGUAACCCCGGGUAUUACCUGUUUGGAUCACCUGUGCUGACCUGCCAGCCUACUGGACAGUGGGACAAACCUCUUCCUGAAUGCAUAGUGAUGGACUGUGGUCAUCCCGGCUCUCCCCCUAACGGUGUGCUGAGUGGAGAUAAGUUUACAUUUGGUUCAACGGUUCGAUACUCCUGUCUGGGCGGAAGGCAGCUGAAAGGAGAAUCAUCCCGGACUUGUCAGCUCAGUGGGAUGUGGAGUGCCCCUAUGCCCUUCUGCUCUGGUGACACAGCUGGCUCUUGCGGCGAUCCUGGCAUCCCCUCACAUGGUUCAAGGGAACAAACAGAUUUUAGGAUCCGUUCCAAGGUCUACUUCACCUGUUCGGAGGGCUACGAUCUCAUUGGUUCUUCAGAGAGGAUGUGCUUCCCUAACGGGACCUGGUCUGGCACACAGCCCUUCUGUAAACCUGUCCAGUGUGGUAACCCUGGCACUCCCAGUAACGGCAGAGUGUUUCGUCUGGAUGGAACGACGUUUUCCCACUCAGUGAUCUACUCCUGCAUGGACGGCUACCUGCUCACCGGCGCCACCACCAGGCUGUGUCAGGCCAACGGUACCUGGUCAGGAGUUCAGCCAAACUGUACCAUGAUAAACUGUGGAGAUCCAGGUAUGCCAGCUAAUGGACUUCGCUAUGGAGAGGACUUCACAAUCAGUCAGAACGUUUCCUUCCAGUGCCAACCCGGAUACAGAAUGGAGGAAGAUGGAUCGCCUGUGAGGAUGUGCACCCAAAAUGGGACAUGGAAUGGGAAUAUGCCAAUAUGCACAGCGGUGACCUGCUCGGCUCCCCCUGCCAUCAGUAAUGGGGUACUGCAGGGCAGUGACUUUGAAUGGGGCAGCAGUGUGAGCUACAGCUGCUCACCUGGAUAUGAGCUCUCAUUCCCGGCCGUCCUGACCUGCGUAGCCAAUGGCACCUGGAACGGCAUGCUUCCACAAUGCCUGCCCAAGUUUUGUGGUGACCCAGGAACCCCAGUUGGUGGCUUCAGAGAGGGACGAAGUUUCAUCUAUCAAUCAGAAGUGUCCUUCAGCUGCGCUCCACCGCUCAUACUGGUUGGCACGGCGACCAGACUCUGUGAAAGUGAUGGUACCUGGAGUGGACUGCAGCCACGCUGUAUCGAACCGACCAAAACCAGCUGUGAUAACCCAGGAACGCCGCGCUAUGGCUCCCUAAAUCGGACCUACGGUUUCAAGGUGGGGAGCAUUGUGUCUUUUCAGUGCCAACCAGGUCAUUUGAUUCAGGGAUCUUCAUCUAGAACCUGCCAGCCUGAUCUGACAUGGAGUGGAACACAACCUGAGUGCAUACCCCACGUCUGUAAGCAGCCAGAGAGCCCCCUCCAUGUGGAUGUGGCGGGGAUGGACCUGCCCGGGUUUGGCUACACCUUAGUAUACAGCUGUCAGCCCGGCUACUUCCUGGCGGGGGGUUCUGAGCACAGAGUCUGCAAGAGUGACGGCACGUGGACUGGAAAGAUGCCUAUAUGUCGAGCUGGAGAGAAGAAGAAACCUGUGAAACCAGUAACAGGAACUCCGAGUCCGAAGCUAAACGUUCCAGAUGAUGUCUUUGCUCCUAACUACAUAUGGAAAGGUUCCUAUAAUUACCGUGGGAGGAAGCAGCCCAUGACCCUGAGCAUCACCAGCUUCAACUCCACCACUGGAAGAGUCAACGUUACCCUUAGCAAUGGCAAUAUGGAACUGCUCCUGUCAGGGGUGUACAAAGCCACUGAAGCCAGGCUGUUGCUACUGAUGUACCAGGUGAACUAUGUGAACCAGGGAAACCAGCUGAAAGAUUCAGCCAUCUCUCCAGCUAAGAUUAUAGACGACUCCUGGACCAUGGACGGAUUCGUAUCAGCAGAGCCUGAUGGUUCUAGUUACGUGUUCCAGGGUUUCAUUCAGGGAAAAGACUACGGACAGUUUGGACUGCAGAGACUGGGUCUGAAUAUGUCGGAGAGCAACAACUCGCCUCCCCCUCAGCUGGGUACCAACAGCAGUUCUGUGGCUAUCGCUAUUCUGGUGCCUUUUUUUGCUCUAAUCUUCACUGGCUUUGGUUUUUAUCUCUACAAACAAAGAACCACACCAAAAACACAGUACACAGGCUGCUCAGUCCAUGAAAACAACAACGGUCAGGCGGCCUUCGAGAACCCCAUGUACAACACCAACGCCAAGGCUGUGGAGGGGAAGGCCGUUAGAUUCGAUCCAAACCUAAAUACUGUCUGCACCAUGGUCUGAGGAUUGAUUACUUGAACUUAAUGGCUCAGAUAUCCAAUGGGACCACAAUUGGUACGAAGCUGUGGAAGGGAAAGACGUGUGCUUCGACUUCAACAUCAUCCGCGGCACGGUCUAGACACUGAUUACAGAAGAACUUCAUUCCCAGUUCAGAGACCUAAUCUCCUCCAGCAGAGGAAAAGCUCGCCGUCUGAGACCAAAACCCAGCAUUCGUUCCCUCAACAGACAGCAUUUUGUAUCCAAAAAUGAAACUCAAACAAAUGUAUGCACAAAAGGUGUGCUGCCCUCGAUAGAUGCAAACAGCCAGUGGAAACGCACAGAGAUGUGACAAAGCAAAGGAUGCAACGCAAUGGAAAAAACAUACUGGCUAUUAUCUAUCUCUGACUCCAAGACUCAGCGGGUCAUGGAUAUUUUCUAAUUUGAUUCUAAACUAGACACAGCCAUGAUACUGUAAUCUCCAAUUUAACUUUGCUCACUGUCUUUAAUAUUAAUACAAAUGAUUAAGCCAUGACCUGCUAGUCAGACAUCACGACAUGUCACCGUAACCCACUCCCCAAUUUUUGUAUUUCUCACAAAUCUGUGGAAAGAAAGACCCACGCUGAGCUCUGUGAUCGUCCUCCCCUGGAGAGAGAGAGAGGAUACAUCAUCCAGCCAUGGUUAUAUAUCACAGAGAUAAACUGCACUAGAAAAACAGUUCGAUGUUGCCGCAUCAACUGUGUUGAACAGAUACUUAACUAUGAGAAAAACAGAAUCACAAUGGCCACAGAUGGGGAGACGGACAUGAAGAAGAUGUCAUAAAAAGACACUGUGAGGCAAAGAAAACUGUUUAUCUAUUUGGGUUCGACACUGACAGUAAAGAAAACACUGUCACCAGCAGACCAUCAGUAAAACACAAUGACUAGUUGUGAACAGGAGCCUAUUUCUUAAUCGACCACGGAAUACAACAUCCUAACAACUGGGACAAGACAACCUCCUGUCUCCAUGACAACCAGAGGCCAGUAUUACCAGCCUGUUGUCUUUUUCUAUUGAAAUGGAAUUUAGGAUGGCUAAUGCUAGCAGACAGUAGCAAAAGUUGCUUUGAAAAGAGACUAACUCCUAAGCGAAGGAUAAGGGCAGCCCUGGAGAUGGAGCUAUAAUCCUAACUGAACUGGGAUUAGAGCAAAGCAAAACUAAGAGGAGUCUAAAGGGGAGCUAGCACUAAUAGAACAGAUGAGAGACUGACUCAUCGAAUGGAUAAACUGCCCUUUUCCCAUCCAGUGGAUAAGAGAGGAGGCUAAGGAGACGGAGACGACCCCCUAACUGAACUGGAAGUAGUGUGCGGGAAUCAUUAAGAGGAAAGAUGAGAUCCUAAAAUCGUAACGCAGCCAAUCAGAGCCUGUCUAACCUCAAAUCAUCUACUGAGAGAGGUCGGCCCUCCUCUUACAUUAUGAAUCAGAUCAGACAGAACAUGGCCUUGAGGAAAGAUGUUCCUGAUCCUGUGAAUUCAAAUGGAUUUUUGAUCAGAAAGACGCCGGAUGGAUACAGAGGACUCUGAUGGACUAACAAAGAAAAAGACUUUGCGAAACAGACAAAGCUCUGGCACUAAAGCACAUUUUACAGGAACAACUACCUGUCUACCCACUUAGUGAUGGACUAACACAGGGACAGAAAGGUUAGACACAGAACUGACAGAGGGAAUGACGGACAGAGCAGAUGACAGGUACACGCACUAAAAAUCUGGAAAGUCAGAUGGAGACAUGUGGUGUUAAGACAGUCACACAAUGAGACAGACAGGUUUUUAGAAGACAAGCAGGGUCUUGGACAGUUGCAGAGUCUCCACUCCACAGACGAACAGGUUUAAACACAGAUUAACAGGCUUACAGACAGAUGGACAAAGACAGGCUGAUAGACGGGAGACACAGACAGGUAAAAGAAAGACAAACAGGGUUGUAGCCCUACGACUGUGGACGCUGUUCCACUGUAAUUGUGCACUCUGAGAGUGCUUAUCUUCUUUCUUUGUUAUUGCUGCAGAAUCUUCUGAUCUGUAAAUCUAUUGCAUAUAUAUUCGGGAGCAUUCACCACCUAUAUUUUUGUGCUAUAUAUUUACCAGAGGGGAGGGGCUGAAGGGGAAAGACAGAUUAUAGCAGAGUUUUUAGAAAAAAAAAGAAAGAAAUAUCAGAAUUAAAGAUAUUACAACUAUGUGCUGUUCACACAAGUCACAAACAGUAUUUUGGUUCCUUUGUAACAUGAAAUUGGUUUAUUUUAAUCUCUUGUGUAAUGUGAAGUUCCUCUCACCAUCACUGUCUUUCCCACUGAGGCAAUCAUGAGUGUCAGUGGUAUUGUUGUUGUCAUUAUUGUUGAGAUGCAAGGUUUGCCAGCAACAAUCAUGCUCUUCAAUGUUUGCUCACACAUUUAUCACAGACGGCAGAAUUCUAAAAACCCUUAAUCGGUGGAGUUUGUGCUACGGCUGUCAUUAUAUCAGCUCUUUCCUGGAAGCGUCAAAUACAUAACGGUGUCCUCCAUAACUGCGACACAGACAACAUAACAGAACUGUUCUCUAACUGCUACAGUAUUAUGAGGCCACAGAAAUUUGCACAUCAGAACUCUGUACUAAUGCUGUUUUUUUUUUUUUUUUAAUUCUACAGUUCAGAGAUGUCAACGAAGCCAGUGUAGUCAUGUCAACACAGAAAUCCCACUUGUUCGAUUAUACGUGGCCAAACUGUUGAAUAUUCAGCAUUUCCUUUGUCUCUUAUUGUAAAAGAAAAACACACGGUCAGGGUUAAAGUAGCAUUAAUGAUAAUAAUGAUGAGAACUGCUGUUGAACUGCCCAACAUGUAGUUUGUGAACGAUGACUCAAGAUGUACACCGACACAUCAGCUCAUGUUAUAUUUUUCUGUCUUACGCUGAGGAGUGAACACAAAUUGGAGAAUGAUUUGAGAAGCAGUUGAACUAUAACUAAAAUGUUCUAAUUUAGUUAUAAAAUGUGCAAGUUUGAACCUUGUUUCCCCAUAAAAUCCUUACAGACGAGUCGAUUUUAUAGGCGCAUUAUCACAAGUUCAUCUCUAGGUUACCGUUGUCACAAAUGAUUGUUUUUCCUUAAAAGUCGAAUUUGUCCUUGUACUUAAAACCACAUCGAUUAUAAAUUGGCACACGCUAUUUAAGCCUUUUAUUUAGGGUUUUAAAAAGUUUCUACUACCAUUGGCACUUCGCAAGUAUCGCACAAUAGUGUGUGAUGCGACUAUGGAUGGAUUUUAAUGACCUCCAUAUAUUAUUUUGUGUGUGUACAUCACAUUUCAAAAGCUAAGAAAUAGCCCUGAAUUACAUUUAUCCCAUAAACUCCUGAGCUUUAAGAGAAGCUGACUUUUGGGAGAAUGUUAAGAUGACAAUUGAGUAAACACAAAACUGAGGCCAUUGAGAUUUAAUAUUUCCCCUUGCUUUCGCUUUUUUAUUUUACAAAAAAGUAUAGCCAUACAAUCUUAGCUCAAUGUUCCAUGGCUGGUAGCUAUUUUUCUGAUCUAAUCUGCCACCUUCUGAUAAAAAACUUUUUUUUUAUAUAACUGGCAACCUUUACUGUACUUUACCCCUGUUAGCUGUUGUUGCACAUGAAAUUGGCCUUUUCUGACGGUUUCGUGUGCUGUCAGUGAACCACUGCUGAGAGAUGAAAAGAUAUUUGUGUGAAACGAUGCAUAACAAUCAAAUAGUUAAUUAUUGUAAGGCUAGGGCCUGGAAAUGCAGCAUAAACUGCACAUAUAUUAAUUGGUCCCUAUAUGACAGAAAUACAUGCAUCAGUCAGCAUGAGUCACUGUUUUGCAGCUUUGGUGCCCUUUUUUUUUAGAUAAAGCACUUGUUUUGUUUUGAAGAGUCUGGUUUAAAGAGUGAGAAGCUGAAUUUAGCGAGUUUGGGUCCCACGCAUGAUGAAUAGCGAUACUUUUUAAUGAGUCUGUGUGCCAGGGUGAGCGAAAACAUCAACUUUGUUUUAAGAACCCCUGCUGCUGUGACCACAGGCACCGGCUGCAACCAGCUAACAGAAAAAACUUCUUUUAAAAGUCAUUACUGAUUUAAAAAGCAACGGUAGCUUCCUUGUUUAUCCACGCUGUGAGUGUCCCGCACUGCAUCGCUAUGGUGACAUUGUUUCUUAUUACAGUUUUGGAUUGAUUGUUGCCGCUGUUGUUGUUGUUGUUGUUGCUGUUGUUGUUGUUUUUUCAGUAUGAAUCUGACAGUGCCUACCAAAAACUACGGGACCCUCCCUGUCAUCCACACCAACACACACGACAUACGCUCUGUCACACACGCACGCACAUAUACGAACACACAUCCUGCUCCAGCGCUCCCCCCCUUCAUCAGAGGUCAUUUUUUUCUAAGCUUCAGUCUAUUUUGCCACAAGCUUUUCCUACUGACUGACUGCAAUAAGACCCCACGUGAUUUGAAAGACUUAAAGCCGUUCCUGCCUGGGGACAUUGGAAAUAUUCACCAUUUGAAAAAAAAGAUGAAAUAUAGAAUAAAAAAGUGUUUUGUACAGAAAUAUAUUUUUAUGAUGAAAUUAUUUGUAAAAUGUAUGAAUCUAUUAUGUAAAUUUUCAAUGCAAUGUAAAAUUAAAAAAGGCUAAUUGCUUUUGUAAAAA